AUAAUCAUUCUUCUCAUUUGAAUGAUGAACAAUUUUCAUCAAAAAUAAAUUCAACAUUUAGAAAAAAAAGUUUCGAUCGUUUAUCAAAUAAAUUUAGUGCAGAAAUUUUAAAAUUAUUAAGAGAAUAUGAAUUAUAUGAUUGUUAUGAUAGUAUGUUUGAUGGUCAAAGAAAUCAUCUUAAUAUAAUCAAUACCGAUUUGAAUAAUAUUGUAUUGAGAUAUUUUCAAUCACCGCAUCAAAAACGAUUUCUAUCAAUGGAAUUGAAAAAUAAACCUAAAAAUAAAACAGACAAAAUAUUAGAUACACGAAUAAAAACUGUAACUAAAAAUGUUCAUAGAUUAGUAAAAGAAAUACAAAAAUGUUUACAAUUACCGAAAGAAAAACGUUCACGUUUAGGUAUAACAUCAAUUUUUCAUUUGACGGAAAAAGAAUUUAAAGCACUUUUAAAUCCACGAUUAGCAGAUGAAAUAAAAACAUUACGAGAUAUAAAACCAAAAAAUGAAAAAUUUACAGCAAAAAAAUUUGGAAAACAUUCAAAUUUAACAUUAAAAGAUGUACGUGGAUAUAGGUGUGUUGAUAAUAUUCCAAAUCAACAAAUACCUGAAGAAUUUAAUUGGGCUAAUCAAGGUGCUGUUACACCAAUACGUAAUCAAUAUAAAUGUGGUAGUUGUGCAAUAUUCAGUGCAAUAGCAUCAUUAGAAAGUGCAUAUCUUAUACGACAACCAGGAAAAUUUUCCGCAUCAACAUUAGAUUUAAGUGAACAAGCUGUUUUAGAUUGUUUAGAUUAUGGUCUUUGUCAACGUGGAUCAUUUGUUGCACAAUCAUGGGAUAUUGUACGAAAAUAUAGAGUACCUAAUGAACAAGAACGACCUUAUUUAGGACAACAAACUGGUCGAUGUUAUAGUUAUCCACAAUCACCAAUAACAGUAUCAUAUUGGUGUCAAAGUUUUGAUAUAAGUGAAGAAUAUAUGCAACGUUUAUUAAUACAAUAUGGACCAUUAUCGGUUACAAUGAAUGUUGAUAGUUAUGGUUAUCCAAUACAAUAUUUAAAAGGACCAUUUUAUGGUAAUUGUGGUUUUCAACCAAAUCAUGCAUUAACAGUAAUUGGUUGGACAAGAUAUUAUUGGAUUAUUAAAAAUAGUUGGGGUGAAAAUUGGGGUAUCGAUGGUUAUCUUUAUUUACCACGUGGACAAAAUAAAUGUAAUAUUCAAAAUUAUGUUGGUAUACCGUUCAUUGUAUGAUGAACAAAUACAUUGUUUUUUCCAUUCCUCAAUUCCCAAAAUAAAAUAAAAAUAAUGUUAUUCGAUUGA